CUUUGACACCAGCGAACCGUGAACCGUGGAUCAUUUGUGAACUGGUACGGGAAACAGGAAGGUCCUCAUCAUGGUCCGCUUACCCAUGAGUCCAUCAUGUACCGGUAUCAGCCAUAAUCUCUCGGGCCAUGUUGUAGAAGUACUCACUGCAUUUUAUACCCUCACCUCUGUUUCCUUUUACUUUCCUUAUCGCCAUGCCUCUUGCCGUACCAAAGUGGGUGAUUCAUCAAGUCAGCCGUGUGGGAGCGGCAUGGAAACGUCCUCAAGCUGCUGUGGAAGCUCCGGAACAUCAUGAGGUAAUCAUUGUGGGGGGUGGUGUGGCAGGCCUUUACACUGCCUAUCGUCUUCUUCAAAGCGAUACCACCAAGAUUGAUGACAUUGUCGUACUAGAAGGACGUCCUGUGGUGGGAGGAAGGGUCACUACUCACAGGGACGGUGAUAGCAAUGUUCUAUUCAACGACUUUGGUUGGCGUGUGGGCGAAGUCAACAAGGAAAUGAUUGCCCUCGCCAAAGAACUGGAUAUCACCCUCAUUCCUCAAGUCACUCCGCCCGAGGACAAGGACAAGGAAGGCAAGGGUCAGUGCAAGCAUGGACCGGCUGGACACGUCUGCAGCGGAACUCAAGAGGAGAGAGACAAGUAUGUGCUCCCGGAAGGGCGAGCUCCUUUGAGCGACUUUGCCACGGCCAGUCUCAUUAGUGCCGCCAAGGCGGAUGAGCAGGACAGGCAAUCGGGAUAUGCUGGUCGCACGGCUCAAAUCACCUGGCCAGACGAAUCACAUGGAACCAAUGCGUUCAUCGUCCAAGGCGGCAUGGACCAGUAUCCCAAGAAGUUGGCUUCCAAGUUGCCCGAGGGAAUGGUCAAGACCAAUCAUCGCGUCACCAACGUAAGCAAAAAUGAAGCCGGCACGUAUACCAUUGACAUUAUGAAACGACAGGGCAACUCCUAUACCCCUCUUCGAAUGACGGCCGAUCAAGUCGUCUUGGCAGCACCCCCAGUAUCCUUGCGCAAGCUGAGCGUUGCAGAAGACAUGCAACCUGCCCUUUUUGCUGUUCAUCAGCGUCGUCUGGGACAUGUCUAUGUCAAGUGCAAGGAGACCUAUCCAGCCAUUCCAGACCGUUCUGAUGUUGAGGAUCGCAUCUAUCGCAAAGUGCCCGACUCCAUCCUCCAACAGCUCAUUAGUGGCGAUUAUGGCAAGGGGAUCUUUCAGGCUGCCUACGCUUGCGAUCGUUUUGAACGUGUGUGGCGUGAACUGCAGUUUCAUGGGCCCCAAUCCGUUAUGGAACAAGUCAAGCGACAGCUGACAAGGAUCGAGGAUAUGAAAGAACCACCCGCCGGAUGGGAUGACACUAUAGAGGAGGUCUUUGUUAGGAUCAGUUUUGUCCAUCGAUGGCAUAUCGAAUCACAUGUGCGGGGCAAAAACAAGCAAGAUCUCAGUUUGCAAGCCCUGGCUCCUAAUCCUGCUCGGUUGCCAGGCCUCUAUCUUGCUGGCGAGGCGUUUUCGCCGGAGCAGGGAUGGACCGAGGGGGCUCUGUGGACGGGUGGACGUGUUGCGACCAUGAUUGUCAGAGCCAAAGAGGCAGGUGCUGCGUGUUCGUGUUCCAUGAGUCCUUAUGCAGCAAAGUUUGACAUUAAAAAGGCGGAGGGCAUCAAGCUCACUUCUUCUUGCAAUUCGCUGGACAACUUCAUGUUAUACCGAGGUAUAGUGUUCGAUAUCUCUGAUUGGGAUAUUCGCCAUCCCGGCGGUGUGGGCAUGAUACGUGGCCAUAAGAAUGAGGAUUUGAGUGAGCUGUUUGACAACUUUCAUGGUGGGUGGCCUGCACCAUUGGCGAGUCUGUUUGGCUUGCAGAUUGGAGUUACGGAGUUUUGCCCUCAUUGUUAAAACCAUACUUGUCACUGAGUAUAAGAAAGGCGAGGAGAGCUGGAAAGCAUUUACAAAUUUCUGGCUGACCUUUGUAAGCUAAAGCAUCAAAUAUUUGUCUGC